AUCUGCUCCUCCUCCUUCAGUGAAGCUCCUCCCACUGCAAUUCACCAAUAAAUACUGGAAUAUUCCCAUCAGCCUACAAGUAAAGACGAGCAUCAAACCAUCAGGAAGAGCUGAAAUCUGCAAAGACAGAGUUUAUUGAAGGACAGUGAGAACAUGAGAGAUCCAGAACACUGCAGAAUGAAACACACUGAAGAACAAAGAGACAUGGUGCUGAAGAAUGAGGACAGUGAAGAGGAGAAACAUAUCAAAACUGAAGAAAAAUCUUGCUUACAGACUGAAAAUAUUUCUUUACUGAAAAGAAGAGGCAAAAAAUGUUUCACUUGCCACCAGUGUGGAAAGAGUUUCACAUGCAAAAAGAGUCUAAAGAUUCACAUGCGGAUCCACACUGGAGAGAAACCGUUCACAUGUGAUCAGUGUGGGAAGAGCUUUAGACAACAAGGGCACCUUAAGGAACACAUGAAAAUCCACACUGGAGAGAAACCGUUCACAUGUGAACAGUGUCAGAGGAGUUUUACACACAAAAAGAGUUUCAUGGUUCACAUGAGGAUCCACACUGGAGAGAAACCAUUCACAUGUGAUCAGUGUGGAAAGAGUUUUGUACAACAAUGGCACCUUAAGGAACACAUGAACAUCCACACUGGAGAGAAACCGUUCACGUGUGAUCAGUGUGGGAAGAGUUUCACACAAAAAAAGAGUUUCAAGGAUCACAUGAGGAUCCACACUGGAGAAAAACCAUUCACAUGUGAUCAGUGUGGGAAGAGAUUUGCACAUCAAGGACACUUUAAGGAACACAUGAAAAUCCACACUGGAGAGAGACCGUUCACAUGUGAUCAAUGUGGCAAAACAUUUUUGAGGGCUUCAGCCCUGAAGAUCCACCUGAUUGUUCAUUCAAAGGAGAAACCAUAUUCAUGUUCUUUGUGUGGAAAGAGUUUUUCACAGGUUAAAAAUGUAAAGCUUCAUCAGAAAACGCAUACUGGUGAAAAAGCUUAUGUGUGCUUUGAGUGUGGGAAGUCUUUUAAAACAACUGUAGAGUUGAAAGUGCACCAGAGAAUUCACACUGGAGAGAAACCUUACAAAUGUUCACACUGCGACAAGAGAUUCAAUUGGUCAGGAGCCCUGAAAACACACGAGAGGAUCCACACUGGAGAGAAACCUUACAAGUGUUCACACUGCGACAAGAGAUUCAGUUGGUCAGGACAUCUGAAAACACAUGAGAGGAUCCACACUGGAGAGAAACCUUACAAGUGUUCACACUGCGACAAGAGAUUUAGUGAGUCACGACAACUGAAAAGACAUGAGAGGAUCCACACUGGAGAGAAACCUUACAAGUGUUCACACUGCGAAAAGAGAUUCAGUCGGUCAGUACAUCUGAAAACCCACGAGAGGACCCACACUGGAGAGAAACCUUACAAGUGUUCACACUGCGACAAGAGAUUCAGUCGGUCAACAUAUCUGAAAACACACGAGAUGAUCCACACUGGAGAGAAACCGUAUCACUGCACUGCAUGUGGGAAGAGUUUCACUCAUUCAUCUUCUCUACGCAGGCAUACAAAAAACAAUCACAAUCUACUCCUCCUCCUUCAGUGAAGCUCCUCCCACUGCAAUUCACCAAUAAAUGCUGGAAUAUUCCCAUUAGCCUACAAGUGAAGAUGAGCAUCAAACCAUCAGGAAGAGCUGAAAUCUGCAAAGACAGAGUUUAUUGAAGGACAGUGAGAACAUGAGAGAUCCAGAACACUGCAGAAUGAAACACACUGAAGAACAAAGAGAUGUGAUGCUGGAGAAAAAGGAGAGUCAAGAGGAUAAUCGUGUCAAAACUGGAGAUAAAACUCACAGACUGAAAGUUUUUCUUUACUUAAAAGAAGAGACUUAAAAGAAGAAAUGAAAAGUUUCACUUUCUGUCAGUGUGGAAGAGUUUUACAUUCAAAAAGAGUCGCAAGAUUCACAUGAGGAUCCAAACUGGAGAGAAACUGUUCACAUGUGAUCAGUGUGGAAAGAGUUUCACACAACAAGAAACCCUUGAGAGACACAUGAACAUCCACACUAGAGAGAAACUGCAUGAAUGUGAUCAAUGUGGCAAAACAUUUUUGAGGGCUUCUUCAACCCUGAAGAUCCACCUGACGGUUCAUUCACAGGAGAAACCACAUUCAUGUUCUUUGUGUGGAAAGAGUUUUUCACAUCUGCACAAUUUAAAAGAACGUCAGAAAAGACAUACUGGUGUAAGAAAUCUGCUUUGAGUGUGAGAAGACUUUUAUUACAGCUGGAGAUUUGAAACAGCUUUUUUUUUUGAAACAGCAACAUUUAUUUUGCUAACACAAUAGAUCAAUUUGUUCAUUUUUUUGUAGUUUGUUUACAUUUUUAUGUAAGACAAGAACACGUUUUUUUUUUUUUUUACAAACUGUUCUUGUUCAAGAAGCUGAAGACGCUGAUUUAUUUUUAACUUGUUUUUCAUUGUUGUUUUCAAAUCAAAUAGUCAUUCUUCCUCUUGAAGUGUAUUUAGAAAAUGCAGAUGUAAGAUAUACUGUCAUGUAGCUUUGCAACUGUCCUUCAUUUUUAUUCUCUUGAGAUGCUUUGCUAACCCGUCAAUACAGAGAGAGAGAUCUGA